CAUUGGCAGCCAAAGACAGCCGAAGGAGAAGUAUGUUAAAGAGCGUAUGAGCUUAACGAAAGGCCAGUGAGUUGGAUUGGACAUGUAAAGAUCUCUCUACCAUGGACACAGAAACCACACCAAAAUUCUCCUCCAAAGACGAGGAAAUCGAUUACUGGAAGACUCUGUCUCUCAAGUACAAGAAGAGUUACCAUGACGCCCAGGAGGAGCUGCAGGAGUUCCAGGAAGGCAGCAGGGAGCUGGAGGCAGAGCUGGAAGCGCAGCUAGGCCAGGCCGAACACCGGAUCCGGGACCUCCAGGCGGAGAACCAAAGACUGAAGAGUGAGGUGGACACCCUUAAGGAGAAGCUGGAACAGCAGUACGCCCAGAGCUAUAAGCAAAUCUCCAUGCUGGAGGACGACCUGGUGCAGACGCGCGGCAUCAAGGAACAGCUCCACAAGUACGUCAGAGAGCUAGAACAGGCCAACGACGACCUGGAGAGAGCAAAGAGGGCCACCAUUGUCUCACUGGAAGACUUUGAGCAGCGACUGAAUCAGGCCAUUGAGAGAAACGCUUUCCUGGAGAGUGAGCUGGACGAGAAGGAGUCACUCCUGGUCUCUGUGCAGCGACUGAAAGACGAGGCCCGAGACUUGAGACAGGAACUGGCUGUACGGGAGAGGAACACAGACGUCAGCAGAAUGUCGGCACCCAGCUCUCCGACCUUAGACACGGAUAAAAUGGACUCGGCUGUGCAGGCCUCCCUGUCCCUCCCUGCCACUCCUGUAGGGAAGACCAUCGACCAUCCGUUCAUCACCCAGAAAGUGCUGUCCAAUGGUUGUGGGAACUCCCCACUCACUCCCUCAGCUAGAAUAUCAGCACUGAACAUUGUUGGGGACCUUCUGCGGAAAGUUGGGGCGCUGGAGUCCAAGCUGGCUGCCUGCAGGAAUUUCGCUAAGGACCAGGCGGCGAGGAAAAACUACUCUGCAGGAAACGGAAACCUGCUCAACAGCAACGCCACCAAGUUCUCACAUUCUGUCCACACCACCUACUUUGACAAAGUGACUGUGAACGGCCUUGACCCCAGCACCCUGACCUCCAUGGCUCCCCCACGGACCGUGUCUCCUCCCGGCAUGCUCCCCCUCAGUGUGUGAGCCACAAUUCCUCGAGCACUUAAUAGAGCAAAGCAUCGAAGAGGACACUAUAAAACACAGUCAAAAACAUGCGCGCGUGUGUGUGUGUGUGUGAAUGUGAAUGUGAAUGUGCACAUAUGUGUGAGGCUAAGGGAACUAAACUGCAGGUAUGUCUGACAGACACACGUCAGACACGUGUGGUUGAUACUUUGCACAGUUGAAGGUGUGAUCUCUGUUUUAAGUGGGGGUUUAGCGUACAUAGUGCCCCCUCUUCCUGUUUUAAGCCAGCUACAAGACAAAGGUCCUCCAUCGACUGCCUUCUUUUCCUUUUUUUUUUUUCCGGUGUUGCACAAUAAAGAUCUGUUUAGCAAAUUUAAUAGAACUUAAAAAUGAAAAGGGAUUUUGAAGUGAGCAUUAGACUAUAUGGUUUGCGAUGCAGCAUGUAUGUAUGUGUGUGCGUGUGUGUGUGUGUGU